GAAGUGAAAAUACUGAGUGAAAGAACUGCUAACAAAUUAAGGUCCACUCCAAGACACACUACUAUAGUAAAGAUGGGAACUGAUGAGACAAGCAAGUUAGUGAUCAAUGGAAACAACAACCAAGAUUCAUCGCUGAGGGAACGAGUGUCCAAGUAUCUCCUCCCAGUGAUGGUGGCAGUGAUAGCAUUGGUAGUCACAGCACUAACAGCUACCAUUGCUACAAGCAAUACCAUGGCUACCUACAAUCGCUGCUACCAAAACUUGGCCAACUGCACAGCGAAUGGCUUUACUUGUACCACGGCAUCCUUCCCAUAUAACAUUAGUGGUUACUACACAACGGACAUACGUUGCGAAUACGAAGCAGAUAACUCUAUCCACUCGUAUAUCCAUGCUUAUGCUACUCUACAAAGAAGUGGCAACAUCGGUGAUAUGAAUGUGACGUGCUGGUGCCAGGCUAAUCUGAAUCUGCAGGCUGUCUCCAAGGACAACAAGACUUUAAUAACCAAUGACAAGUGCUGGAUAGUGGUUACUAGGUGCCCGGAGUGAAUUGCUAUUUGAGGGAGUUGUCUUAUACAAAACACAUGUAGCACAUUAGGAUAGAGGCAUGUUAUAUAAUGUUAGCUCUGAAGUUACUGCAUGUGCUGCUAAAUAAUUAAUUUUAAAUAUGUGCUUGCACAGUUGCCAGUUAAUUCACACCCAAUAAAUACGGCAUAUAAUUAUACUGACUGCAUUGACACACAAUUAAGCAGCUAUGAAUAUCAUCACAAAUAACCAGUCACAUAUGGUCACAUAACCAGUCACUGCAUGAUCGACAAUGGACAGCUAUGAUGUCAUUGCACAGUACAAAUAUAGUACAAAUAUAAUUUCCCCAUGAGACCUCGUAAAAGGCUAUGUACAAUUUCAAUUCAAGUAUACAUGCACAUUACAACUAUAGAGCACUAUAAAUGGCAGACCUGUUAUUUCAAUCCCUGUUUAAUAGUAGUAUGGAGGCAGUACGCACAUGCAUGCACAUGAGGUGACUUCCCGCACAAUGGGUGUCAAUGCAAAUUAACUUUCGUGGGAGUCCCAGGUGUUUCCCCUGGCUCAUCAAUAUAUGAGACUCACACUACAUAAUAGCCUGAAGUAUAGUAUAGUAUAGUUUCAAGUCCCUGAGUACGUUAGAGACAUUUGACCUCUAUAGCUCUACAGCUCUAGACAGUUAGAAAUGGCAGAAGCUGAGCAACUAAGAAUAAAUGAAGAAGACCACGUAAGAGAAGAAGAAGACGAACCUCUGUUGGUGCGUGAUGGUGUAAACCACAAACGACGUAAUUACCUAAUUGCCGUGGUGAUCACUGUACUCUUGGUCCUGGUACUCAGUGCUGGAAUAGCAGUGCUAAGCACCUCCCAGCUGACUGUCAAUAACAACAACUCCAUUGACAACAACAACAGCUCUGUCAACAACGACAGUUCUAGUGGCGACCAUAUCCCGGCUGAAAUGCUCCACAAUAAGUGCCACAAAAACACAACAUCUUGUCGGUUCCUAAGAUGGUCAAAUUUUCCGAAUUUUCCGUGUAACACAGAUUCUCUACCACUGAAUGUUCAGGGCUACAACACCACGAGCGUUCAGUGUACGAUCAAGACCGAUGUAUUCUGCCGUGCACGUGCUAAAGCCACUCUAUGCGAUAGCGAUGGUGGAGAUAAGCAUUGUCAGUGUCAUAUGCUGAGCGCGAGCGACACAUCUACACCAUGCUCUGGAGAGUGCAAUUUAGAAAUAACCAGGUGUCCAGUCACUUAAGUACAUGUACAAUCGAAAGCUAGACAAAAUUGACAAUUUGUGUAACUGUAAUGAAUCAUAAAAAUAGUGCACAAGCACACAUGAACAUAAUUAUUAUUGUGUACAG